CAAAUUAUGUCUUAUUUCUAACUAGCUUCAUUUUUUUUGAAUGAUACAUUAAAAAAACAAACUUCUUUCAGCUGAUUUAUCAUUCUGGUUCACUUUGUGAGUUAAGCUGAGUGAACUUUGUACUGUACGUUUUCGUAUGUCUACACAGAAGUUCCCGAUGUGCCACGCCUGGCUGCAGCUGAAGAUUUUGUUUCCAAAGCAGAUUCCAUUUGCCUUUGGAAUGCAUUUGUUUAUCAUAAUCUCUGAAGCAAAAAAAUGAGGUGUUUGAGGCAGAUGGCGUUAGACUUGUGUAACUGCACGUCAGCAGACAGUUGUUGACCUUAUUCAUGUGAAGAUGAAGAAGCCAGGAUUUGAGCUGUGUCCUUUGGAAGAUGGCUUUUUGUUUUCCAUUUUUCUGGGUACUGUAAUUUAGGUGCUAAGAGGAUAAGGAGUAGACAGGAUUCCUGGCUUCCUGGUAUUGAUGGUUCUCCAUCUUACUCCCUCAGACUAGCCUUGACUUCCUCAUAGCUUGGCAGAUAGAGCUCUUCGUUGUCACUAUGAUGGUGCUACAAAGGACAUGCUGACACCUCCGUAGUCUCAUCCCCCAGAUAUUUCAUAAAAAGUGCCUGUGGAUGCUAAAAAAAUACCCCAAGACCCCACAAAGGACGUGGGCUAGAAGGAAGAUACCCAUUGAUACAAUUGUUUUGAGAACCUUGAAGGUUCUAAGUGGGAAUUGUCUUCAGACAUAGCACAUUUAAAUGAGAUCGUAUAAACUGUCCUGUAAGACAGACUGUCCUGUUACUGUCCUACCUGCAUGUGUGUCCUGGUUCACUGAGUACACUGGGGACAGAGAGGAUGGGCAGGGGGAGGUAGAAAUGUACAUCAGUUAGCAGAAUCCUUGCCUAGCAUGCAUGAAGUCCUUCAACCCUUAGCACCCCAUAAAACCAGAUUCCCAUGCUUAAGGGGUGAAGGCAGGAGUAUCAGAAAUUGAAGGCCUCCUCGGCUGUUUAGAAAUUCAAGGAUGGUCUGGAGGAACUGCCUUUAACAUGAUUCAGGAAGGUUCCUGGAGAAGGCUGCUGUAGGCAGGUGAUGUUUCAGCUCUGGGGAAAAUAAAAGCUUUUAAAUAGUGUAUGAGAGAAGAGACCCGAACGGAGACAGUAUCAGGAGUAGCUGGCAGGGAUGCUGUUGGGGCCAAGGGACCACUGCAAAUAGAGGGCAUUCGGGCUGGGGCUACAUGGCUAAGAAUUGAGCUAUUGCAAAUCUCCAGAAGUUUAAUUUUUAUUUGGAAAGCAUCUGAGGGCUAUGAAAAGAGGAAGGAUUGGAGCUUAAUUUUGCAGCUUGAAAUGAUCCUGCUUCUGGGUGUGGAACAAAAAUACAGUAAUAGUAAUAGCACACAAGAAUAUGAACGGAAGUGAGUUGUGCCAGUGAGGUGUGCCACCAGCAUGGUAGCCAUGGACAUAGGGUGACGUGCACACCCUUAAACUUCGAGGAGGAUUUGAGAUGGGAGGUGGUAAGAGUAAGUGUCUGAGUGAGUCGGCACCUGGAUGGGUCAUCAUCAUACCAUGAGACAAAGCUCUGGGGAAGGGGGUUUAUUUGGGGGAAGAAAGGUGAAAUUCACUCGAGUUAGAAGCACUUGGAGGAGCUUUAGAGGCAGGUGAAGGGACAGAAUGUGAGGGUUGCUGGCAGGUAAUUGAAGCUCUAAGCAAGGAUGCAGUCCUUUAGAAGACAUCGGAGAGUCAUUCUGUGAGACCCCAUUCCAGUCCCCAGCCCCGUACCUAGAUGUUGCCGGUGGACAGGCCUCAGCUGGGAAUCUGAGAAGUGCUGGACUGUAGUUUUCGGAGUCAUUGAAGCACGAAUACCCCUGCUUUCCUUGUGCACCCCCACCCCCACCCCCACCCUACCCCAAUACCUCAGGGCUUUCUCGGCCACCUAGUGUUUGGAGUCAGAACUCAAAAUUCAGAAUCCUCCCCAGGAGGACCCCAAUCUACCCAAGAGUCUUGCUGCAGACUGCACACAGCAUUUACAUAUUUGUGACCCAUCACCCCAUCCUGCAGGGUCUUGUAUCUGCUUCCUGUUCCUUCUCCGGAUGCCUGCUCUUGAUUCUUUUCCAGCUCACAAUUCAUCCUCCUACCCUUUGAUAGCCAGGCAAAUCCGAUCUGUUUCCUAAAGCUUUCCCAAGCCCCACAAGGACAAGGCCGCCCCUCCCUCCCAGAGGCACUCCUCGGUGCAUCGGUGCAUCGUUAAAUGUUCUAACUAGCUCUGAGUUCACCCUGGCCCCUUGCUGUUCUUCAGAAAGAGAUAGAUCCUCAGAAUCUUCAAACUAGAAGCCCAUUCAGGACUGUGCAGAAAACAGUUGUUAGGGAUGCAGAUGUCAAGUGGAAGAUGAGGAGAGAGGGAUUGUUUUGUCUGUAUCUCAAGUGGACAAGAUUUUACACUUGAGCCUCAAUAGAAGCUGGACCCGUCUCUGUAAUUCAAGAUUUCAGUGAUAGCUGAGACUGAAAGCUAAAUCUGACGAUAGUAAAACCUGUGGAAUUUUCCUGAGCCUCCUGUAACACCCUUUGACCUCACUGGUCCCCGUAACAAUGAGCCAAUCAAGCAGAUUGUGGUGGUUACCCCAAGAUUUGCUUGAUCUCCCUCAUAGAGGGGCAUAGAGAGCUACCCGCUGAGGUGCAGGGAUGUGAAUUCCGGCAUGAAGCGUUGAGUCCUAAAGGCAGGAAGACACUGAUGAGAACAGACAGAUGGGGGAGGAGAUAGGGGAAUUAAGGGCUUUAGCCACCUGCCAUCACGUGACCUGUUUUUUGCUCCCAGAUUACCCACCCUAGCUCUCCACAAGGCUGUCCAGCUAGGAACAGGAUGACCGCCCAGUGACCCCAAGCAGCAGGGUUUUGUGUCGUCCUGUUGGUGAUGACAGAUUAAUGUGUGGAACCAGAGUCACACCCUGGUCCAGGCUCCUACUGUUUGCAAACUGUCAGGCUAUAUAUGAUCAGGUUACUUUGUACUUACUUUGAGGUUAAAUCCAUGUGAAAGAGGUUGGUUUUUGUUGUUGUUGUUGUUUUGUUUUGUUUUUUUUGCUUUGUUUUGUCGCUGUUUUGUUUUGCUUUUUUCCAAAACAGUGAACUCCUUGCAUUACUAAACCAAGGGCGAAUACUAUACAAUGCCAUCCAAAAGCUAAGUGAUAUGUAGAUGAGUUUUUAAUUCUAGGAUUUCAGCCUUGGUAGAUACUAUGGACCAGUACUGACCACUUCCUUACAUGCAUGGAGGACUAGGACUUCUAACUUUAAUCCAGUUUAUCAGUAUUGUCUUCAUCGCUAGUAUUUUUCUUUGUGUGUAUUUAUAUACACGUGAUACUGGACAAUUGACCAAGGGCUUCUUGUCUGCUAAGCAAGCACUCUGCCACUGAGCUCUUGCGCUCUAUAGCCCCAGCCCUUCUCUUACCUUUACGUAGAAUAUCACUAAAUUGCCCAGGCUAGACUUAACCUCAUUCUAAAGCCCAGGUAGGCAUUGAACUUGUGAUGCUCCUGCUUCUCUCAGACUUCUGAGUAGCUGGGAUCAUAGACCUAUGCCACCCAGACCUCUGUAUCCUUGGUCUUUUUGUAAACUUCUUUCCAAAGCAGCCCCAAACUCCCAUUUGCAUAACCACUCAGCCAUUUCAUAACCACUCAGCCAUUUCAUAACCACUCAGCCAUUGCAUAAGCACUCAGGAUCUGCUGUUCCUGCACAACCCGGAUGGAACCGUGAACUCUGGAGACAGAGUCAUCUGUGCUGCUCUCAUCUACAAGGACUACACUCUCACCCCAAUGUGCCCAUCUACGAGGGUUGUGCUCUAACCCACACCAUCCUGCAUAUGAACCUGGCUGUCUUAGACCUGAAAGAUUACCCCAUGAAGAUCUUGACUGAGCAUGGCUACAGCUUUUGCCACAGCCGAAAGGGAAGUUGUCCAUGACAUCGAGGAGAAGCCGGGCUAUGUCAUCCCGGACUUGGAACAAGAGCCAGCCAUUGCUGCAUCCUCCUCCUCCCUGGAGAAGAGCUACUAGCUACCCUACAACCAGGCCAUCACUAUUGGCAAAAAGCAGUUCCAUUGCGUCCAGGCAUUCUUCCAGCUUUCCUUCCUGGCUAUGAAAUCUGGCGACAUCCAGAAAACUGUCAUUUUCAUUGUAAAGUGUGAUGCCGACAUCUGUAAAGGCCUCCAUGCCAACUAGUGAUGUCGGUGGCACCACCAUGUACCCAGGUAUCAUCAGCAAGGUGCAGGAGAUCACUGCUCUGGCUCCCAGCUCUGAGAAGAUGGAGGUCAUUGCUUCUCUGAGCACAGGUACCCUGGAUUGGCAGCCGCAUCCCGACCUUGCUGUUUACUGUCCAGCCAAUGUGGCUGGACAAGCAGAAGAACAAUGAAUCCGGCUGCUUCCCCAACCAACGACAGUGCUCUGGGUACAACUUUUCUCAACAAAACCUAACCUGUGCAGGAAAACAAACAUAAGACAACAUCGGCAUGGCUUUGUGUUUUGUUUUAAUUUUUGUUUUGUUUUGUUCUGGUGCUGUUGACUCAGGGUUUAAAAACUGCAACAGCGAAGGCGACCGCGGUUGGUUGGACCAGCAUCCUCGAGGUUGUACUCUGUGGCUGAACAUUGAUUGUACAUUUUUGUUUAAUAAUUCCAAUGAGAUGCUUGUUACAGGAAGUCCUUCCCCCUACUCUAGAAAGGAAGAUGGCUCAGUCCGUGCCGAGUUCAUGAAAGGGAAGUGACAGUAUUGCUUUUGCAUAAAUUAUACUCAUUGCAGAUUUUAAAAAAAUGUUUCUGCCUUAAUACUUUUUAAUUUUUGUUUUUAUUUUCAAAUAUUCAGUCAUCAUGGUUUCCGUUUUUGUUCCCCCAGCUUGAGACAUGUGAAGGCUUUGGUCUCCCUGGGCGUGGGCUGAGAUGGUAACGCAGCCAAAGGCUUACCUGUGCUCAGUUUUCAGAUCGGUUUAAUAAAGUGAACGACUUACAAACACUCAGAAGGAUCUGUUCUAGAAUAGAAAGAUGACCCACCUGUUGGGAGCCCUUGCUGCUCUUUGAAUGGACCUGGUUUAGUUCCCAGCACCUACACAUGGUGGCUUACAACUGUGACACAGUUCCAGGACAUCUGAGGUCCUCUCCUAGUCUCUAAAAGCACAGGGCACAACAUGCAGGCAGGCAAAACAUUCCAAAUUUAAAAGAGAAAUAUUUGUUUAUCCCAACACGAUGGCAUAUACUCUUUAAGCUUCAUUGUCUUGUCUUUGCCGUUUACAUCUAGAACUGUAGGGUUGAAGUUAGCACAUGAGGUGAGGGAGAAGCCAGUGAUUCCCAGUCCUGAGGUUCUUUCAUGCGGAGCAAGGGACACUACCAUUGCACUAUGUCUUCAGGCCCAAGACGGAUAUUAUGUUGACUCAGAACAUUUAUUGAAAAGUCUUUUCUACUGUUCUACAGAGCAAAAUAUCUCAUUAGUCAAGGGUCUGUAUUGUGUGAUCUGCCUCUGCACUAUUCACUCUUCUGCUGCCUGUGAAGGGACUUGGGUCACCUGCCACCCAUGGUUGGUUGGUUGGUUGGUUGGUUGGUUGGUUGGGGGAUAUUAGUGUUUGCUUGUUUGUUGUUUUGGUUUGUUUGCUUGUUUUUUAGCUUUUGAAAAAAGGGUCUUACUAUGUAGCCCUGACUGCUUGGCCCUCACUUCUAGAACGGGCUAGCUUGGACUCACAGAUACUCUCCAAAUUCUGUCUCCCAGUGGUAGAGUUCGGGUUCUCCAUCUGUCUCUCUUGGUAUGCCUCUUUCCCAUAUCUCUGCCCUCUUGCAUUCUUUCCUUAAGAUUGCCUGGUGCUAGGGAGAUGGCUCAGUGCUUACAAGCACUUUCUGUGCGUACAGAGGCCAACAGUUAGGCUCCAAACCCCGUGUCCAGCAGCUCUCAACUGCCUGCAUCUCCACCCCAGGCGAUCCAGCACUCUCUGGGAAACUGUGCACAGGAUCCCAGGAAUCAGCUGCAUUCAUGCAGAUAUACAUACAAGGUAAAAGAAACUGUCCUGGCUUUUCUUGGUUCUUUGUAUCCCAUUUAAUUUUAGAAUUAGCAUGCCAAGUUACACCAAAACUGUGAUAGAAUUUUGAUCCUUGGGAUCUGUACAUUAGUUUGCAGAGAAUUAUAUAUUGAAGUUGAUCAUUUUCGACCAGAGUAUGUUCCUCCAUUUAAUCUAAUAGGUUUUAGUUUUCUUUUUCUUUUUUUUUUUUUUUUUGGUUCUUUUUUUCGGAGCUGGGGACCGAACCCAGGGCCUUGUGCUUCCUAGGCAAGUGCUCUAGUUUUUAGUUUUCUAUGUAGAGGCCUUACAUAUACUGUGUUAGAUUAAGUCCUGUUGGUGGCUAUAAUAUCAGUAAAUACCAGUUGUCUAUCUUUUAAUAAGUCACUCUUUGAUCAAUUUAUUUAUUUAUUUAUUUAUUUAUUUAUUUAUUUAUUUAGGUUUUUCAAGGCAGGGUUUCUCUGUGUAACAGCCCUGGCUGGCCAGGAACUCUCUUUGUAGAUCAGGCUGCCUGUGAACUCACAGAGAUGCCUGCCUCCCCCUCAAAGUGCGGGGUGGGGGGGGGGGCGGAUUAGAGGUGUGGGCCACCAGGCCCUGCUUCUUUAAUUACAUUUUAAAAAUGCUUUUACAUGGCUUGUUGUUUGCAUAUAGGGAAAAGUUACUUUGUAUGUCGACUGUGUAUCCAGUGUCCUUUCCAAAUCGUGUUACUAAUUCGAAGAGUUCUGUUCAUAAGAUUCCUUUGGACUUGGCUCUAAUAACUGUGUCAUCUACAAAUAACAGUUGUUUUCCUUCUUUCCAAUCUGUUUCUGUAUUAGCUUUCUCCCUUCUUGCACAAGCUAGCAUCUGGUGUCAUGCUAAACAGAAGAGCUGGUAGUCUGAUACCUUGCUUCACCGCCAGCCCUAAGAACAUCUUUUAUUAUUUACUGUGGAAUGGAGUGUUUGCUGUAAUUGGUUAGAUUCCUCAGUUGAGGAAGUUGCCUUUUAGCCUAUAGAGAUGUAUACUUUUUUGUUGUUGUUGUUCUUUAAAAAUCUAUUAUUUCAUUAUUAUAUAUAUAUGCACGUGCAUAUACAUUGUAGCAUUUAUGCGGAGGUUGGGGGACAACUUGCAGAAGAACGCCCCAGGUUUGAAUUACCAAACCAGGAAAAUAAUUGAAAAAUAAUCUCGUAAUGUUUUAAGUAAGUUUAUAGUUUUCUAUUGGGCCCUAUUCAUAGCUAUCUUGGGGUGCAUGCAGCCUGUGGGCCCGGCUUGGACAUGCCUGAUAAUGUAACUUAGACAUAAAACAGCUCUGGGUUUUACUCAUUUCUUCUCUGAACAACACUGGCUGCUACAUCUUUUCCUUCCAGCUGUGAGGGCCACCGCAUAGGAGAGUGUGGCCUGAGCCCAGUUCUGAGAACCCGACACGCUCUCCCUGCCAUCUGGCUACUUGCUCAGCCCUUCUGAGACUGUCACCAUUCUCUGGCAGAAUGAAUGCCCUCGAUGGUGUCCCCUUCAAGGUGCCCAAGGGCUUUGUGAUGAACACAGAGCCCCACCCUGUGCCUGAGCUCAGUGUCCGGGACUGUAGAGAACUCCUACUGGGCACGAUGUAUGACUUCAGCCUGGAAAAGAAGGCUCUCUUCUGGGUGGAAGCAGCUGUCCGAGGAUCUUGCCCCCAUCAGUGCAAUGACCUGGGGAUUGCAUCAGCCCCUCCAGCCUGGUUCCUGCUGGUGAAUCCAAACUACAGUCAGGUGCCUGCACCUGCGGAAAUCAGAGACCCAGAGACUGGACAGCAAGAACCUCCUGAGGAGGAGGACGAGGAGGAGGAAGAAACAGAAGAGAAGAGGGACGAGGAAGAGGCCUCCUCUACCAGCGAGGAAGGGAUGGACUCCAGCAGCCCUCAGCCCGGUUCCCCUACAAGCCAUCGUCGCUGCUCCCUGGAUGUGCUUCGAAACAUGAGGUCUGAGCUGGCUGAUGCCAGGCGACGGCUCUCGGAGAGCAGACUAGCCACAAGUCCUCGAGCCCUCCUGCACCGCUUCCGAGCCCACCGCACGCUGAGCCUGAGCGCCAGCCCAGCUCCAACCCCUGGCCCAGCACUGCAGCCCCCCAACGUCUCCGAGCUGCCCCCACGACCCUCCACUGCUGGCGCCAUGCCUCCAUUGCGGAGCCACAAGCCUACAGUAGCUUCCCUCAGCCCAUACACCUGCUUGCCACCUCUUAGGGAGACACCCCAGCCCCUCGCCUCCUGUAGACUGCAUCCUGAUUCAGCACCUGACCUGCUGUCUGCCCUGACCAAAGAGGAGCAAGACCUCAUCAGGCCAGUGGUCGCCUUGGGCUAUCCCCUGGGAAGGGCCAUCGUGGCACUGCAGAAGACAGGGAGGCAGAGCCUGAGCCAGUUUCUCGGCUACCUCAGUGCCUGUGAAAGGCUGCUGCGGCAGGGCUACGAUGAGGCACUGGUGGACGAGGCCAUGGAGAUGUUCCAGUUCUCCGAGCAUCAGGCAGGGGAGUUCCUGAGGCUCUGGCAGCAGUUCAGUGACAUGGGCUUCCAGCAAGACCGUAUCAAGGAGGUGCUGUUGGUCCACGGCAACCAGCGUGAACAAGCCCUGGAGGAGCUGGUAGCCUGUGCCCAGUGACAAGCCAGGACGCUGUUUGAUGCAUGACUGACAGUGAGGUCAGUCCUGCCACCCAUCCCAGCUGUAUCAUUAAAAGAUAAUGCUGCUGGUGGUGGUGGCACACACCUUUAGUCCUAGCACUGGAGCUGCAGAGGCAGGCGGAUCUCUGAGUUCAAGGCCAUCCUGGUCUACACAGUGAGUUCCAGGACAGCCAGGGUUGCAUAGAGAAACCCCGUCUUAAGAAAACCAAACACAGUAAUCAUAAUAAAUGAAAUAAAAUAAAAUAAACAAAACCUAACAAGACCAAA